CGGGAUCCUGCCCCAGCUGGGCUGGGCUCCGCUCCGCUCCACUCCGCUCGCCUCCGGUCCUCUCGGCUCGCAGCCCUCCGCUCCCGGCGUCCGCCCGCCCGCCUCUGGGGGCAUGAGGCGCUGCUGGCGGACAGCGGGUCAAACAAAAGAGCCCCGGCUCGGGCUGUGCGCCCCCGUGCCCAGCGCCCCCAGCGCGGGGCAUGGAGACUGAGCGGAGCCGCCCGAGCCCGCGCCGCGCCCGGGGGAUGCCGCGGCCCCAGCCCUAGGGAAGCCCCGGCCGCCCUGCUGGAAGCUCGGGGCGCGGGCGCGGGGAGAACGCGGAGGAGGAGAAGGAGCAAGAAGAGAAGAAGGAAUCGGAGGAGGACGCUCCCCGGCUCCCUGUUUCUCGCCUCGCAGUCAGCCCCGAGGCGCGGAGCGGAGCCGGAGCGCGGCAGCGCACUCGGAGCCCCAGCCGGAGCCCGAGCCGGGGCGGCUGCAGCAGCAACAGCCAAGGGGGCAGCGCCGUGGGGGCCGGUCCCACUGGAGCCAUGAGCAAGUGUAACGGGAGGUGCACGCUGGUCGGGUUCUGCUGCCUGCAGCUGGUAGCAGCCCUGGAGCGACAGGUCUUUGACUUCCUGGGUUACCAGUGGGCUCCCAUCCUGGCCAACUUCCUCCACAUCAUGGCGGUCAUCCUGGGCAUCUUUGGGACCGUGCAGUACCGAUCCAGAUAUCUCAUCAUGUACGCAGGCUGGCUUGUGCUCUGGGUCGGCUGGAAUGCAUUCAUCAUCUGCUUCUACCUGGAAGUUGGGCACUUGUCUCAGGACCGAGACUUCAUCAUGACCUUUAACACAUCCUUGCAUCGCUCCUGGUGGAUGGAGAAUGGUCCCGGCUGCCUGGUGACACCUGUGCUGAACUCCCGCUUAGCCCUGGAGGACCACCAUGUCAUCACCGUCACUGGCUGCCUGCUUGACUACCCCUACAUUGAGGUGCUCAGCAGCGCCCUUCAGAUCUUCUUGGCACUCUUUGGCUUUGUGUACGCCUGCUAUGUCAGCAAAGUGUUCCUGGAGGAAGAGGACAGCUUUGAUUUCAUUGGAGGAUUUGAUUCCUAUGGUUACCAGGCCCCUCAGAAGACAUCACACUUACAGCUGCAGCCUCUGUACACAUCGGGGUAGCCCCCGCCCCGGCCCUUCCCGGCGCUGGACACCGGACCCCGCCCUCUGGACUUGACUGUGCCGCCGCGGAGCCGCCUUCCUCGGUCGCCCGGCCCUCCCGCGGCGCGUCCAGGCCGGCCGCGCUCUCCUCCGGGCCCGGGCCCAGCGCCCCCGCUGCGGGGCGGCCACCCACGGAGCUGCGGACAGGAGCGCCCCUGCCGGCCAGCGAGGACACGGCCCCGACCGGACCUGGGGGCGGCGCGGGGCCCUGAGCCGCUGGCAGGGCUCGGGCUUAGUCCCGGGAACUGGGGGGGAGGGAAGGGAAGGGACUCGUGGGAUUUGUAUGGUUUGGUUUUUUUUUUAAACUUAGCUCUGGUACUGAGCCUGUACCGCCCUUUUCUGAUCCUACCCGCCCCCUUCCCUUACGUGGCAAUUGCAGCCCCUUCCACUGAGGAGCCCCUCCCCCCACAGUGGAACCCCCCCCCUUCUUUCCGUUGCGGGGCGCCCAGCUUCCAGGA